GGACAGGAAUGUCUCCUUAGCUUUGGGCCGAGGGGGAUUCAUAAAUCCUACAACUCCAUUCUCACCUAUUCUUACAACAACUGUUAUCUUAAGAAUUAGAUUCUAUGUUAAAAUAACCAGUGAUGGUAUUCCUUAGUCAAAAUCAUUAAUCCUAAACUAAUAAGUAUCAGCAUUUAUGGUCUCAAAAUGCAGUAAUGACACGUCUGAAAAACACACAAACUUGCAACAGGAAACACACCCAUCUAUGGAGGAUUUGAGGGAUGUGGUAGCCUAGUGGUUAAGGUGUUGGACAACUGACUAGAUGGUCAAAUCCCAGGUCCACCAAGCUGCCACUGCCGGGCCCCUGAGCAAGGCCCUUAACCCUCAAUUGCUUUGUUGUAUAAAUUGUAAGUCACUCUGGAUACGAGAGUCUAGUAAAUGUAGAAUAACUUACUUUUUAGCUCUGUGUUGUUUUCUGUAGCUCCAGAGUCCUGGAGGAACGUUGUUUCAUUUCACUACUGCGUCAGUGAUAUGUGGCUAAAAUGACAAUGAAUGCUUCUUGACUUGUGUGAGUGGUGUGUAGGUGGAACUGCAUACAUGAAUGCAUAUGUGUGUGUGUUUGUGUGCGUGUGUGUGUGAGAUUGAGUAACGGAAAGAGAAGGUAAGACCUGGGCUGAAAAGUGAAAACAAAAGCACAGAGCCCUACUGAGCUCAUAGUUGAAAAAGACAGAUUUUUUAGGUUUUUAGAAGAAGAUCAGCUUCAAGGGAGGAAAUCUGCCCAUAAUGGGUGGAGAGAAUUCAAAACCAGAACCUCCUAAAGACUUCAAGCAACCUUGGAGAAACACUGACUGGAACCCAAGCAAUCUGAAAUCUGAGUUAAGUGAACUUCUUAAAUUUAUGGAAACCUGCAAAGACAUCAGGCAGUUCAGAAUACUGCUUCAUGGACCAGUUGGAGCUGGGAAGUCUUGCUUUGCAAACUCCGUGAGGAGCGUAUACAAGGAAAGAAUUGUAUUCGGGGCAGCAGAGGAGACGAUCUGGAGAUCUGCUGGAAAGAGCUGCACAAAAAUAUACAAAACUUACAAAAUCACUGACAAAGAUUCUGUCACCUUGCCAUUUGUCUUCAGUGAUGUUAUGGGUCUGGAAGAUAAUAAGGAAGACAGAAUUCAUCCUGAUGACAUCAUUAAUGUGCUGCAUGGCCGUGUCAAAGAAGGCUAUAAAUUUAAUCCUGUUUCUCCACUGACUGAUGCUGAUCCAAACUACAUACAUGAACCCAGUCUGAAUGACAAAGUUCACUGUUUGGUGACCGUAGUGGAUGCAAACAGCAUCUCCUUAAUGAAGAUGGAGAUGAUUCAGAAGAUGAAAGCUGUCAGAAAUGCUGCCCUCGACUUGGGUAUCCCUUAUGUGGUUCUGAUGACAAAAAUUGAUGUUGAUGUCUGCCCUCUGGUUACAAAGGAUCUAGCUGAGGUUUACAAAAGCAGGAAAAUCAUAGAAAAGAUGCAGGAAUUCAGCCACACAAUUGGUCCACCACUGAAAUGCAUGUUCCCAGUGAGCAACUAUUAUGAGGAGACUGAACUAGAUGACAAAAAAGAUGUGCUUAUUCUGUCGGCAUUAAAGGCAAUUGCAGGAUUUGUUAAUGAUUUCAUUGAAGACAUAAACAUCUGAGUAUCUGCUAAAAAGUCCAUUUGGAAAAAAGAAUUGGGAUGUAGUCUUUAUUAUCAUCAAAUCUUUAUGUAGCUCAUAUAUUAAUCUUGAUUAACUACUUCAACUAUAACUACAAACACAAAGUCAUAAAACUGUAAUUUGUGCCUGGGAUUAUUAGUGUAGACUAAUUAAAUUGGCUUUUAUUAAAUUUAAGCCUCUCAUCUGUUUAUGCUACAGCUCACUGUUAUUUUUAAUGUUAUUCAUACAUUCAGUGUUUCAGUAUUUGAGAAAAAUGAUAUCUUCUAUUACAUCCUGCUUGAUAACAACUUUUUGUGGAUAUUUAAAAAAACUAUAAUAAUAAUAAUGACUUUAUCAGUGAUGUCAUAUUUGACUUUGUUUAACAAUUUUUUUUAUUGUAUUUCCAAAAUUUUUAUCUAUAUUAUGAUUAUUUUUCACUAUAAUAUUUUGUUUAUUUUUCUAGGAACUAUAAUUAUUGCAUGUAUAAACAUUUUGUAAUGGGGUUUAAAGCUUGGGGUUUAAAGCUUGGGGUUGUUUUCUUAUUCAUUAUUAUACCAUCACCAAAAUAUAAACAAUUGUGCCAUUAAUGUGUCAUUAGUGUAAAGAAACAAAAUAGUAGAAAUGCUAUAAAUAGUAAUUACAGUAAACACCUGCCAACUCCUGUUUGGUACCUGAUGUCUCCAGCUCCUUUAGCAGUUAAUUUCUACUUGUCUUGAGGUCUACUGAAAAAGGCCCUGGCUCUCAGAGUAGUAAGGUCUUUUACACAGACAAAGGCAUCACAUCAAUUAAGUGAAUCUGACUGUUUAAACCUGGUGCAAAAUAACAUCUAUUAUUAUCUAUUAACAUGUAUUCUAUUAAUCUUUAUAUUAUUCUUUAUAAUAACCUUUUGUUCUAUGGUUAUCUUCUGUAAAGCUGCUUUGAGAUGAUGUCAAUUGUAAAAAGUGCUAAACAAUUACAUUUGAAUAGAAUUGAACAUCUGAUAGAGUUAAAUGGAGCUUCUAAUUGAUUACUUGAAAUGUACUACUGUUGUGAACACAUUAGAGGACCUAACUGACUUUGGAUGCAGAUAUUUUGCCAGAUAUUUUGUCUCAGUGACAUUGAUCUUCUUUUGCAACUACAAGAAAACACAAGUGUAUAUUUUAAAUUAUUAUACAAACUGACAGUUAAUUUAAAUAUGUAUACUGCAUGUAAAUAUGUGCAGUGGAAAUAUAUUUGGGAAGUGUAGAAGAAGACUGUAACUGAAAAGCCUAAAAAGGGGAUGUCUUGUUGAACUCUGAUCUUAUUUUGUGAAUAAAAAAAUAUUCUGUUGUUA